UCGUGACUCUAAAAGGCGUUAUUAUAAUCGUUAAAAACACGAAACACCUUGUAAUACCAUCGGCUUGUAUACUGUAAUGAUUAAUACUUGAAUUUAGCAAUACAGGUUUUUCAUUUCGGUAAACUUUAAGUACCAUACAUAUCGAGCUUCAAUAUUUCAUCCGGUUUUAAUUAACAUUCCCAUGUAAAUUGCCCUGUCGUAUGUUAAGUAUAGCAAUAAGUAACUGUGAAUUCCAAAAAUUGCCACGAUGCUCACCUGACGAGAAGUUCAAUAACUCAAAGAAAAAGUUUCAGCAUUCUGAUAUAGCUUAUAUAUAUUUUACUUCGAGGUAAGAGACAGAUACGUAAAUCACUUUGUUGAGGCACCAAGUACGUUGCGAUGGUUGUAAGCUUCAUUAUUUUCUUGAGUGUAACAGCUUUAGUACAAUCUAUUGAAGUUGUUAAUCCAUUUAUCGGAAAUGAAAUUGAAGAAUUUGUCCAAGAACUUGAGAGAAAUCUUGCCAACAUUACUUCUAAGACCACACCAUCGGUGACGUCUUUAAAUGUCGCCACAUCACGUGUGACAACCACCGCACCAGUACGAAAACCAACAACAACAACAACAACAGCUUCAACUACAAGUGCAUCGUUAAGAAUUCAAAAGCCAUUCAAACCAAAGCCGAUUACAAUAAGGUGUUCGUACUAUUGCGGAUUCAGCUACAGACUAAGAAGAUAUAUGAAAACUUGUUUUGCUUUUCGAAGACCAAUGGCUUGCAUGUUCUGCCGGUAUGAAUACAGAUGCGGAAGAUUCUCAUUUUUUUGAAAGUGUAUUUGCUGGUUAGAACAAAAUAGGUGUAAUCGAGAUUGAAGAGACGACAGUUGCACAUCACCGUUUAAACCAACCACUCUUGGUUCUUAACCCUACAUACCAUGUAUUCUCUUUUCUUAACUGCCUUACUGUUUAAUUGCACGUCCGUCAUAGACAUGCUUGCGCUAAUAAAAUAUAGUAAUACGAAACCAAAACUAUGUUUAUGUAACGACAAUAGCCGACACAUUUCCAUAUGGGGCUGAGGGUAAGAUGGGACAGGUUUAUAGGAAACGAUGAACAACAGAUAAACCGAGUUUCCCCAUAAAUAUUCUAUUUUAAAGUCACUGUUCCCGCCAGUAACGGUUUCGAGCCGAUUUGAAUUCUUCGUCCGUUUUGUCUGUUUUGUCCGGAUUUCGCUACCGCAUGCGGAACUCGGUAAUGGGUUUGCAUGCGACUUCGCAAGCGAAUUUGCAUGCCGGAUACUGUGUAUACAGUCACCAUAACGCAGGAUUUUUAGCUUCAAAUAAACAUAAUAAGCUGCUGAUGGUACACAAAAAAAACGGAGCAAAAGCACAAAUCUGCUGAUCGAUUAAGGUGGCUGUACACAGUAUCCGGAUUUCGCUGCCGCAUGCGGAACUCGGUAAUUGGUUUGCAUAC